AUGUUCGCUAACACAAGGGAUAAGCGAGAAGAAGGCUAUGUGAUCAUUUUUGAAAGUCUGAAAGAAGCAUUAAUGAGGGAAACGCGAGAAGAAGAUUGGCGGCUUAAGCUUGUAGUUGACUUUGAGACGAUGGGCUUCAAGGAUACGGCUGUGCAACCACCGAUUGCACCGCUCCAGCUUUACAAUAACCAGAGCUGUGUGCCGCAUCCACCUCUUGCACCCCAGCUGUACGGAAGCCAGUAUUACUUGCAACCUUGCGGUGGAAGUUAUUAUCAGGUACCGCAACAGCAGCAGCACUUUUACGGCAAUAGUUACGCUCAGCCCCAGUGUGCACCUUCUAUUUCCUCAGAAAGUCCACAACUUUUUGAAAACAGGUAUUACGUGCAGACCCCGGACGGAAGCUUAAUCGAAGAUGGUGCAGAAGAACAGCAACAGCCACAACAAAACGCGAGCACUGAGAGCGUUCCGAACAGAUUCCGGGGAGUCAGAGAAGUAAGCCAGAAGGGAGUUCAUACAGUGCUUGUCUACGAGAUCCCGGGUAGCUCUCUAGCCUACGUCUUCGCCUUCAAGUGCAAGACCUCUAUGCCGGACAUCUGCACGUAUCGCUGCAUGCAGCGCAAAAAAAUGAACAAGUACACAACAGUUAGGGUUAACGGUGACGACUUUUUGGAAGACCCAACUUUACUUCGACACCAAUGCAUUCCAAUCAAAAGGACCAAGGAUAAGGCCACCAGAAUGUCGUACGAGUGCCUGCAACGGAUUCGCCGUGACGAGGACGCAGCUUUAUUACCUACGGUCAAGUAUUUCUUGGAUGUAAUAGACAAAAUUGAAAAUAUGGAGUGGGGAGAUAUCAACAAAAAGUUGUCGGUGCUCGCAUACUACCAUGGAAGAGGACAUCGUGACGGUGCUAAACUUACAACUAGUUUUGGAAUUGCUUCAAAUUUCAACUUCCCAAUUCAGCGUGCUGUUGAAAACGGGCUAUACGCAUUGAGCGGAGACGGAAUUCACCAAUUAAACCCUCGCAGCAAACGCGGUUCUGGCGUUAGGAUGGAGGAAGGGCAAGUGUACACAAUUCAUGGAGUGUGCCAAGGAGAAUUUGAAAUUCCGUUGCUGUUUGCGAUCAUGAGAAACAAGACCGAACAGGAUUAUAUCGUCGUAUUCAACAAACUGAAGGAGUUCUUGGAAGCUGCCAGUCCCGAGUCGACAGAACUUCAUCUACGCGUUGUGGUAGACUUCGAGCUGGCGGCAAUAAACGCAGCACGAAGGACAUUUCCAAGAUGCCCGGUUGAAGGCUGUUCAUGGCAUCUCAGUCAAGCCUGGGUAAGAAAGAGGAACAGCCUCGGAAUCAUCCAGUUCCUGAAGGGCGAAGGACGAAGCAGGCGCGUGGUACGAUGGUGGAGAACGUUGAAAGGACUCCCGUUUCUCCCGCGAGACUGCUUCCAUUAUGUGAAAGCUUUGAGGAAGCUGCCUGUGCGCCGUAACCAUCCAGCAUACCAACCCCGCAGGAAAUUUUUGGAUUACCUGCACCAAACCUGGCUUACCGGAGCCUUUGAGGGAAUGUGGUGCAAGUAUUUGGUCCACGAGCAGAGGACGACUAAUGCUGCUGAGAACUACCACGGAAGGCUACGAAGGAUAAUUGGCAAGAAGUAUCCGCCACUUGCUCAUCUAAUUCUUGCUUUUCGAAGCCUGACGGUAAUGGCCAAAGCUACACUAGUGAGGAUGAACCUCUUCCGGAACGUAAGCAGAACCCUGAGGAAACGAGACCUGAACCGACGAGAAAAAGUGGAUCGCGCUAUGACAGCUUUCGAAGAACAGCGAAAUAGCCAAGCUUUGAACAGCCAUAUAGUAGGGAGGUACUCCCGCAGGAUGUCGCGGUAUACCCCCGAAAAAGCUAUUUAA